CAUUAAAAACUCUUGGAAAGUUAUAAAAAAUAACCAAAUUAUUUCCUUAUUUCAAACAAUUUGUUAGUGAAUGUGUGUUUUAUAAGUGUGUGUUAUUAACAGUGAAUGUAUGCAUUAUCGUAAUGUGAAAGUUUUCUUUCCAACAAAACUGUGAUCAUUUUUUAACAUCAUUUAUCCUACUUUCUGUGAAAACAGCUGUUUUAAAUUAAGAAUACACCCAAAUGUAAACAUACAGUGAUGUGACGAAAUGUGACGUAAUGGGAUGGACAAAAGCGUGUGUUAGUAGUGACAACAAGAUGGCGGGCGUCGUGAAAUGGCGGCCAAGAUGGCGCCGUGCCGCCAUUUUGUUUGUGGCGUUGCUGCAAGUUGUCAACGGUUACGAAGAAAUGUACACAAUAUCGCAUCUGUCGCCAAAGUCCUCAACAGACCAGCUGUCUUUGGAUACGGUCCUGCAAACGAGUCAGAUAGAAAACCUAGCAUUUAGUAUAGAACCUAGCGCCAAAAUAGAAGGCAUAGAAGAUUUCUUACCAGAUGAUGUUAUAAAUGAUGUAGAAAAAGAAAACCAUUUGAGAGUAGAAAGAUCAGCGGAUCCAAACAGAGAAUCAAGAUCAAUUAACAUUGACGAGAUACCAUCGUCUAACAACGAAAUUGACAACGAAUUAGAGUUACACAACAAAAGGAAGUAUUACGAAAUACGUCCGACUAGAACCAAUGAUUAUUUGAGAAGCAAUGAUGAUAUUAUAAUGUCCUCUGAGGGUUUUGGGGAUAGACUGGAGUUUAGGUUUCCGGGGGAAGCGAAAAGGGUCCCGAUAGCUCGAGCAUUGCCGGUGCCGGGACCCAGGAUCAAGCCUACUGCAGUGCAGCCGACGUUUGCGACGGCAACUUAUAGAGAACAAGGCCGACAGAACACGGAAAUUCAAAACAUAAUCACUGGCAUUGUCAAACUUCUAAAUGGAAAUGUUAAUGUACAAGCAAAUUCUCAACUGUUAAACGGUAGGCCUGGUAGACCCAUGGCUUCCAGAAUAAAUAACAGAGGCCCACCGAGAAUCUCUGAUGUACCACCUUUGCCUGAAUUCGAGAAAGUUACUCCGCCAGCUCACGCUUAUCACCCUACCAGGACACCGCCACCGUAUCCUUUCGAUAGACCACCUCAUCAAGGUGUCAAUUUGCCUGAGCAAAUUGUACCACCUCUUAAUCACAGACCAGGUAUCUAUAGACCUAUGCCUCCAUGGCAGAGACCUAGGCCAAGGCCGCCAAUGAAGAGGCCUAAUCCUGGUCUUCCUAUGUACAAACCUACCUUACCUUUACCUCUAGAUCUUCCCGAAGAAGACAAAAGGCCAGAGGGAGAGGCCGCUAUUAACGAAAACGAGCAUUCUGAAAACAACAUUCAUCACGAAGACACAGAUCCUGAACCUGAGACUCAAGAAGAUAAAAUAACAACCAUAUCUGACACAACUACCUCAACGUCAACAACAACAGAAGCAACAACACCAUCAACUGAAAAAACUACAACAGAGAAGACGACCACAGAAAUUACAACAUCAACGGAAAAGUCCACAACCACGACACAGAAACCUACCGAGAAACCAAAGACAACGACUGAAAAACCAAAAACUACAACUGAACGAGCAACAACAGAGAGAGUAGCAACAACGUCGACAACGGAAAAAGCUAAAACUGAAAAGCCGGUUAAAGUUGACAAAGAAAAGAAGAUAAACACAUUGGAAAAAGAUAAGUUCGUUAAAGAUAAAUACAAAAUUGUCGAUGACAAGUCACAGAAUAGGACCAAAAACGAGACUGCGGUAGAAUCUAUAAUUGAAUCGUCUAUUUCUGAGAGUAAGCCGUCUGUUGCUUCAUCCAUUGCGGCGCCGACACCAACUGAAGGUUUGAUAUCGCACGCUCCAGUCGUCAAUGUAUCGGCUACACAGAAUGAUAUUGCUUCAUCGACAAUAAACUCUCAACCAUUACCACCGUCCCAAGGUAUACCUUACCAGCCGUACCGCCCUCGUCCAGGCAUAGUUCUGGAUGACCCAGACUUUAAACCCCACGGAUCAAGGUACCGCCCCGAAGCAUCAGUCAUCACGGCCGCUGAGACCAGACUGCCAGGUUACGGGGAGAUAUUUGACGUGACCCUCACUGCUAUCCAGGGGGAGAAGGGGUCGGGGGGGAAGAAUAUUGUACACAUCGGUAACCGCCCAGCGGUUUCCGAUCACGACGACAUCAUAGUGUCAGCGUCUGGAGAACAAGGGUUUGUGUCCAUCGACGGGAAAAGGACAUAUCUGAACUUGUUCGACACCAGCGCCACGGCCAGCAUCAGGCCGACCAAAGUGCAGAGCUUGCCGCAAUCUGCCCCACCACAAACCCCACCACCUCUAGGCCCAGCGUUGGGCACCGGCGUCGCGAUCCCCACAGACGAUGUCCCACAGCCGCCCAGAAGACCAGCGCCAGCCCACAGACCUAACACUGGGUAUAGAAGACCCCAGCCUACGGUCAGGAUCGACACAUGCAUCGUUGGUGAUGAUUCCACUUGUGAUCAGGCGCAGAAUGAGAUGUGCAGAACUGAAGCUGGUAUAUCUAGCUGCCAAUGCCGCCCAGGGUUCUCUCGGCGUCUCCACCGCGACCCGUGCCGGAGGGUGGUGGCGCUACUCCUCAGUCUGAGGGUUGACAGGCUCUAUGAUAGGAAGGUGGUGUGGGACCCCAAGUUGUCAGACAAGGAGUCUGAUCCGUACCAACAGCUAAGCUACGAAGCUAUCAGAGCUAUCGACUCUGCGUUCUCAAUGACCCCCUUCUCUGAUGACUUCAUGAGCGGCUCUGUCAACUCCAUUCAGCGCGGUGACGAGAAUCAUCAAGAGGUGUUCGUUAAUUACACCAUCUUGCUUCAAGAAACCCCAGAAACCCAACGUCAGGCGAUUGCUACAGACAUACAAAAACACAUUCUUGGCGUCAUCAGAAGAAGAUCGAACAACGUUGGCACUUCAGCUGUGUUUGUUGACACUCCAGCGGGCAGUGUGUUGCCAUUACGAGAUGUGGACGAGUGCGCGUCUUCCGACUUGAACGACUGUCACCAGCUGGCAUUCUGUACCAACACGUGGGGUGGAUUCAGAUGCGCAUGCCCAGACACGACGCUGGACGGGAUGCCCCAAGGCCGCCCGGGGAGGGAGUGCCGCGCCUGCUCCCCCUCCCACUGCAACGAGAGGGGGGAGUGUCGGUACAGCAACAACCAGCCGUAUUGCAGUUGCUCGUCAGGAUACUACGGCUCGACUUGCGAAGUUGACGGCGAAGUGGUGGGGGUGGCCGUGGGCGCCUCAUUGGCUGCAGCUAUCGUCAUCGCGUUGACUUUGGCGUUCCUAUUGUCUUGGAGUCGCAAAUGGUCCCGGGAGCAGAAGGCCGCCGGCAUGGGUUCCCCAGUGUUCAGCUACAUGGCGGCCAGCACCAUCAAAACCCCACCAGUGGGUCAGCCGCCUUAUCAGAUAUCGUUGGAGGAGCGCAUGCGCUGGGCGCAAAUCGCAGAGGCUAUGGCGCAGACCAAUCACUACGCGCAAGCUGAACCAGCUAUGGCUACCAGACCUUCAUCAGCUAUGUUCGGGGGAUACCCCACACUACCACCCGUUCCGAUGCCCAGAAUGGGCAUUCAUGGACAUCACAAUGGCACUCUGAACACUGUCGCAUCCAGGGUCAAUACAGUCGCGUCGCAUCACAAUUUGUAUGGUUACACCAACCACAUGGCGGCGGAAUCCACCAGCUCGGAAGCAUCAAGUCAUGUGCAGGAAAGAGCUGAUCUCCUUGUGCCGAGGCCCAAGUCUAGAGCUAGGAGUAUGCAUAACCAAACGGGAAUCUACUACGACGUGGACUAUGAGAACGCACCAGAAGCUAUAUACGGAACUAAAGGUAUACCCCUGUCUACGUACACGUUGACUAAGGGACCGCCGUACUACAGGUCAUAGUAUAUGUAAGUGUUGGUGGUCUGAUUUUUUAUGUCAUAAUAAUUAUAUGUAUGUAUAUGAUAUGGUGCUGGGUAUAAGAAUAUAAUUUAUAUAAAAAUGUAUGCCGUGUGAUUUCAGGCAGUUUAGAAUUGAACAACUCCAUAUUUUUCACCAUGGAUGUCGUAAAAGGCGACUAAGGGAUAGGCUUAUAAAGGAAGGAUUCUUCUUAUAGGCGAUAGGCUUGCAACCUGUCACUGUUUGAAUCUCAAUUCCAAUAUGAAGCCGUACGGCUUAUUGUGGCCUUUCAGUCUUAGAGCCUGUAAGCUCUGUCUACCCCGCAAGGGAUAUAGACGAGACUAUAUGUAUGUAUACAGGGAUUUAAUUGAUAUGAGGUUGAUACCUUUCGAUUCGUCAAAUCAUAUACUACCACAUAUAAUAUAUUAAUAUCUCAUUUAUUAUUUGUAUAAAAUUUUGUUAAAAAUAUCCCCCAGCACCCAGCACCAACCUUUCUAUAAAAUAACGAAAUCUAUAUUUGUACAUAAGACUGCU